AUGCUGACGGUUGUGGGGGAAGGAAAAGAGGUUACCAUGAUGAUGGAGGAAUGGAGAGAGCAUGAAGAGAAAACGGAGAUAGAUUUCGAGAAGAAGGGGCAGGGGAAAUCGAGAAAUGAAAUGCCACAGCCCAUGAUACCCUUCACAUUGCAGAUUCCACACUUGAGGCCUGCGGAAUACAAGAGGUCAAGGUUACCUAGAAACCGUAGGACUGUAAACCGUGCAUAUGGUGGAGUUUUGUCCGGAAGUGCUGUCAGGGAGAGGAUUAUCCGAGCUUUCUUAGUUGAGGAGCAGAAGAUUGUGAAGAAGGUCUUGAAGAUCCAGAAGGCCAAGGAAAAGCAGGCCUUGAAGGGUUAAAUUUGGACAGCCAAAACGAGACACAUCUUUUGGAAGGCUGUUAGGUUUGAGUGGUUAUAGUAUAUCACAAGUUUUAUUAGAGCUGUUAAUUGUGUUUUUAUUAUUUGGUUUGAUUUGAACUCAUUCUAGAGCAAUUGUUAAUUUCGUCGACAAUGCCAUUCUGAUACAGUUUUGUUUGUCUCAA